CUAUAUAUAUUCCGCACCGAUUGGUUAUCUACUCAGUGUAAGGAUAAUGAAGUUUCUUAGUUAUGCUCUCCUUGUGUUUCUUACGGUGUCUCCCGGCGAGCAGGUCUGCGCCCCAGACUGUUCGGGCGUCGAUCCGGGCGUGAGAGUCAGAGACCCGACGGAUAUCACCAGAUAUUACAUUUGCCUUGAUGUUGACGGCUCUGGAAACCUCCUUCCCUCCUCCGACUCCGUGCAGUGCCCUCCAGGGGAGUUCUUCAACGACGCACACACCCUGCCCAGGUGCGACCCGAUAGAAGACACGCCCGAGGUAAUCACAACAGCCACCUGCGACCCGUGCGAAGCCCACUGCCCCGAGGCCGGCAUGCUCGCCCCGCACCCCACAGACUGCAGCCGUUACUACGUGUGUCUUGCCGACGGACUCGCUAUUGAGCACGACUGCGAGGCUGGCUAUUACUUCGACUACAAGACUGGUAUGUGUUCCGAGGACGAUAGCUACUGCUACCAGUACUGCGAUCCCUGCAAGCCUCACUGCACCCAUGUGUACCAGAGAGUCCCUGAUCCCUACAACUGCACAAAGUUUUAUUUGUGUACAGUUGGAGGCUCUGUGAGCUUUAAAUGUCCACACCAAAUGGUGUUCAAUGCAGAGUCACAUCUGUGUGAAAAGAGCGUCAACUGCAUUAGUAAUUGCAGUCCGAAAGUCAGUGGAACUUGUGUCUGAUUCUGCCCCAUUUGUGUACAGUGACAUUGGUUUCCAAAUAAAGUCAGCGUGAAAUGG